AUGAAUCAGUAUGAGCGUGGGAUUAAGAGUGUCUUUAAGCUUAGUAGUACUAAUGACCAUCGAGAGGAUGACUUGUGCGGUUACGGUGAUGGCCCAUCUGAUCGUGAAGGUGACAGCAGCGAGGAAUCUGAUUUCGGGGAUGAUCUUUAUAAGAACGAAGAAGACCGGCAGAAGCUUGUGGCCUCUCGUGGUGUGCGCUCAUCUGCUAUAUCUGCAGACCGAGCUGCUGCAAAGGAUGAUGCUCUUAACGAAUUGAGGGCAAAAUCGUAUGAAGCAGCAGGACCAGGCAGCUCUCAGGAAAAUGAGAGAUGCAUCCAAAGGUCUCAGAGCGACGGUGAAGGCUCGAAUGGAGGAAUGCUCGACAGUGUGCCUACGUUUGAGGAUAUUAAGGAAAUUACAAUCAGACGGUCUAAGCUUGCUAAAUGGUUAAUGGAGCCUUUCUUUACGGUUUGUGCAAUCUUUGCAGUAGAAGUUGAUGUGAAGAGUCUGAACAAAGGUAGAUUCAGGAAAGGUUAUUCUUGUGCGGCUACAAGAUUGGUUCUUAGUCAUAGUUUUUAA